GCGAGCCCCGCGCCGCCUCCCACCCUCCCGCACUCGAGCGGGUCGGGUCGAAGGCCGCGGGAGGGGACGCCCCACGGGCUGGGGUAGGGCUGCUGGGCCGAGAAGGAGGAAGCGUGACAGAUGGAGUGGGUAGCUAGAAAGGUUUGCGCCAGGAGCCGGGGGCAGCAGGAGGGUUGGCCAAGAACCCCAUAGGCAGCAUUUUCCCUAUACCUUUCCCUCCAUCUCUCGGAUCCCUGAUCACUCGGACGGAUGCUGAAGCUGGCUCCUAGGGACCCGAGUCGGAGGAAACUCAGCUUUGGAACCUCCACAGCGCUGCACGGGUGAACGAACUGCCCUUGGAAGCAAAGUUCCAAGGCCCAGAAGUACUACAAACAAGCUGCCUUUGUGUUCAUCCUUAAGAAAAAAAGAAAGAUGGCCAAGGAGAGGGGCCUAAUAAGCCCCAGUGAUUUUGCCCAGCUGCAAAAAUACAUGGAAUACUCCACCAAAAAGGUCAGUGAUGUUCUGAAGCUCUUUGAGGAUGGUGAAAUGGCUGAAUAUCUCCAAGGAGAUGCCAUUGGAUACGAGGGGUUCCAGCAAUUCCUGAAAAUCUACCUGGAAGUGGAUAAUGUUCCAGAUCACCUAAGCCAGGCACUGUUUCAGUCCUUCCAGACUGGCUACUACGUAGAAGAUACUGUAAGAGAAGAUGUGGUGUGUCUCAGUGAUGUCUCCUGCUACUUUUCUCUUCUGGAGGGUGGCCGGCCGGAAGACAAGCUAGAAUUCACCUUCAAGCUGUACGACACGGACAGAAAUGGGAUCCUGGACAGCUCAGAAGUGGACAGGAUCAUCAUACAGAUGAUGCGAAUGGCUGAAUACCUGGAUUGGGAUGUGUCUGAGCUGAGGCCGAUUCUUCAAGAGAUGAUGAAGGAGAUUGACUAUGAUGGCAGUGGCUCUGUGUCCCUGGCUGAGUGGCUCCGGGCUGGGGCCACCACCGUGCCACUGCUCGUGCUGCUGGGCCUGGAGAUGACCCUGAAGGACAAUGGGCAGCACAUGUGGAGACCCAAGAGAUUCCCCCGACCAGUCUACUGCAACCUGUGCGAGUCGAGCAUUGGUCUUGGCAAACAGGGGCUGAGCUGUAACCUGUGUAAAUACAUCGUUCAUGACCAAUGUGCCAUGAAGGCCCUGCCCUGUGAAGUCAGCACCUAUGCCAAGUCUCGGAAGGACAUUGGUGUCCAAUCACAUGUGUGGGUGCGAGGAGGCUGUGAAUCUGGACGGUGUGACCGCUGUCAGAAAAAGAUCCGGAUCUACCACAGUCUGGUUGGGCUGCAUUGUGUGUGGUGCCACCUAGAGAUCCAUGAUGACUGCCUUCCAGCCAUGGGCCAUGAGUGUGACUGUGGGCUGCUCCGAGAUCACAUCCUGCCUCCGUCUUCCAUCUAUCCCAGCGUCCUGGCCUCUGGACAGGAGCGUAAAACUAGCAAAAUAAGCCAGAAGACCAUGGAUGAUUUAAGUUUGAGCACGUCUGAGGCUCUGCGGAUUGAUCCCGUUUCUAACACCCACCCACUUCUGGUCUUUGUGAACCCCAAGAGUGGCGGGAAGCAAGGCGAGAGGGUGCUUUGGAAAUUCCAGUAUCUGCUGAACCCUCGACAGGUGUUCAACCUCCUAAAGGAUGGUCCUGAGCCAGGACUCAGAUUCUUCAGAGAUGUUCCUGAUUACAGGAUUUUGGUGUGCGGCGGAGAUGGCACAGUAGGCUGGAUUCUAGAGUCCAUUGACAAAGCCAACUUGCCUUUUGUGCCUCCUGUCGCUGUGUUGCCCCUGGGCACUGGAAAUGAUCUGGCUCGUUGCCUAAGAUGGGGAGGAGGGUAUGAGGGACAGAAUCUGGGGAAGAUCCUCAAGGAUUUAGAGACAAGUAAGGUGGUACAUAUGGAUCGAUGGUCUGUGGAGGUGAUACCCCAACAAACUGAAGAAAAGAGUGACCCAGUCCCCUUUCAAAUCAUCAAUAACUACUUCUCCAUCGGUGUGGAUGCCUCUAUUGCUCACCGAUUCCACAUUAUGCGAGAGAAAUAUCCUGAGAAGUUCAACAGCAGAAUGAAGAACAAGCUAUGGUACUUCGAAUUUGCCACUUCUGAAUCCAUCUUCUCAACAUGCAAAAAGCUGGAGGAAUCUUUGACAGUUGAGAUCUGUGGGAAACCACUGGAUCUGAGCAACCUGUCCCUAGAAGGCAUUGCAGUGCUGAACAUCCCAAGCACACAUGGUGGCUCCAAUCUCUGGGGUGACACCAAGAGACCACAUGGCGAUAUCCAUGGGAUCAACCAGGCCUUAGGUGCUACUGCCAAAGUCAUCACCGACCCUGAUAUCCUAAAGACCUGUGUACCAGACCUAAGUGACAAGCGGCUGGAAGUAGUGGGGCUGGAGGGUGCAAUUGAGAUAGGCCAGAUCUAUACCAAGCUCAAGAAUGCUGGACAUCGGCUGGCCAAGUGCUCUGAGAUCACCUUCCACACCACAAAAACCCUCCCCAUGCAAAUUGACGGAGAACCCUGGAUGCAGACACCUUGUACAAUCAAGAUCACCCACAGGAACCAGAUGCCCAUGCUCGUGGGCCCACCCCCUCGCUCCUCCAAUUUCUUUGGCUUCUUGUGCUGAUGGGGACAUCUCAGCCUCCAAGCCAGCUGUGAACCUCCUUGUCCCUGGACUGUCCUCCCCAGGCUCUGUAAAUUGCUGCCACACCCUCCUGCUAGCUCAGGGGGGUGUUCCUCCACCCUCACAGUAUUUAUUAUCCUGCACCACCUCCACUACUCCCCAUGCAUAUGUGCACAUACACACACAACACACACACACACAUCACAAAUAAUUCAUUGAAAGUGCCUCAUCUGAAUAAAAUGAACUUUUUUCCCCACUGGGAUAGCUGUUAA